AUGCGCAUCCGCUAUGCAUUGGAAUUUGCCGUGUGCUCAUGGCCUAGAGGUAUGUCGACUAAUCGGCUAUCCACAUGGAAACCUAUUCCGGAAAGUCGUUGGUUUACACCUGCGCAAACACCAGGGAAGGAUUUCCAUCUUGAAGAACAAAAGUACCUGGAGGUGCAUACGGCUUUACAGUGCACGGGUGCCGAGAAGCUAGCCAUUAGUGAAAGUGUUGGGAAGGAAAUAGCUAUCGCGUUAAACGCAAUGGGCUUUUCAAGCUUCCGUAAACAGGUGCGCGCUCUGAAGAAUCUCGCCGGGAGUAUUUGUGAGAGACCUGAUUUAGUACUAAUGGCUAAGGAUUCCAUCACCGAGCGACUAAUAACCAUUGGGCGGAUCGCGAACUGUUUCAUUUUGGCGGAAUAA